AUGGCGACUCGGAGCAAAGUGCGCGCGUAUGUGCAGUGGAAGGACAGCAGCGUGUUUGCUGGCGAGGAGAUUGAAUGCAUCAUCAGCUUCAGGAACACCUGCGACGACGACGACCACCAAGCUCCUGACGACAGCACGACCGCGUCCCGUCACAAGCCUGCUCAAAGACAGCGUACCGUAACACACUCGACCCAUCAGCUGUCGACUGCUCCCUCGGUCGCUCCCUCGGUAGCCGGCUCGAGGACGCCGUCACAUCGACCGACUCUCUCCCUGACCGUCUAUCCUCCGCCAACAAGCGCCCAUGCCAGAGUUCCCAGCCAUGCCGCCAGCAAUACUACCACGACAAGUGCGCGCCAUGCCCCGACCCAUGGCCGUUCUCUGUCCAUCAUUUCCAUGGGUAGCGACAAAGCUGCCACGACCAAUUCCAUGAACUCGCGUCGUCCUCCUGCUCGUGGCCAUGGUCGUUCGGCCAGUAUGCAGGUCUUGUCGCGCACACCCUCAUACCAAACCCCGUCCUUGUCUUUCAGCUCGUACAGAAAUCCCUCACCAUUACAAGACCACCAUCCACCCUUGACACGACGUACUUCGGGCAUCCGCACCGCCCCUGGCACUCCUGCCUUCAAUUUCCCUUCGCCUACCACUGCUCAACCUUCCUCUGCAAUAAACACUUCUCCUCAGAGACCUCCUUCCGCCUCCCACAUCAUGCCUCCACCGCGACAUCCAUCCGCCUCCUCUGCCUCUUUUCCUCCUCCCGAAUUCUCCUUCCCCCUCGAAUCUCCUGCUACUUCAAGAAGGCCUUCUCCUGCUCUGGGUCGCGCUCCUAUGCCCGAGUUCCAAUUCCCUCCGAGAAGUCCCGCUCCCCAUCAAAGGCCGCCUCACCUUCCCUCUCCAAAACUACCAGACGUAUUGCCCUCGCACGCCAAUCCGCUAUCACGCAUUAUAUCCGAAUCUGGCGCCAACGACACUCCUCGCACAAGCAGUGACUUCUAUUCACUUACGAAUCACUCGUCCGAGACUGUCUCCUCCGAUGCAGCUCUACCACCCACCAGCAGGAUACUCCCAAAACCAAUCAAUGGACGUAAUCAACCAAUCGCACCCACUAGCAUGCCUAGAAGCAAAGAACCAGAAACAUUGAUGAUGGGAUACGUCCAAACUAUGGGUUCCUUCAUUCUUGAUGGCUCACUGGUAAAUCAAGCUCCUUUCGAGGACGUCAAAAGAAAAGGUGUUGUGGGUGGCCAAGGAGGCGGUGGUGUUGUAGGCGUCGAAAAGUCAAAGCGAGAGAGUCGUAUGUUUGGCUUUGGUUGGGGCAACAUAGGCGAAAGUCUAGGGGGUCUUCUGGGUGGUGGUGAAAUGAGCAGCAUCAAGGAGAUGCGAACCGUGGCAAGCUCAAAAACCAUCCCACUGCUCAGCACACCUCAAUCUAUCCUCUUCGUUGAUCUACGGCUCGCUCCGGGUGAGACCAAGAGUUACUCAUAUCGCUUCCGCCUACCACGAGGACUGCCACCCUCUCAUAAGGGACGAGCUAUCAAGGUGCAGUAUCAUCUGACUCUCGGUAUUCAAAGGCCUGGCGGUAAGCAGCAGGUCAAGCACAUAGAGAUUCCCUUUCGCGUGCUUGGCAGCGUCAACAGUAAGUUCAUGAAAGAAGCGAUAGAUAUGGCUAUCCUGAGGUCGAACAUAUCUUCUGGAUCAUCAGACCAGCUCACGCAAUCUAGCAAUCGAUUUACCAUUGCUCGUGGCGGUCAAUUUGUCGCUAUAAUAACAAUCGUACGGCCAGCCUACCGCUUGGGCGAGAUCAUCACCGGCAUCAUCGACUUCACCCCACCAACAUCUGAGCUCGAAUCAGCGACAGACCAGAUCCCGAGCUAUGGAAUCAACGUGUGGCUGGAAACAACCGAACGCGUAGACCCGAGUCUGGCAUUGCGAUCAUCGUCCUCGGUGCAGCGAGCAACGAAGAAAACACAUGCUCAUGUUAGCGAGAACGUGCUUUUUGCUCAGAAGGUGUCUUUCAGACUUGAAAUCCCUACCACAGCCACGCCUACAUUCGAGACCACGGGUGUCCAAUUGGAUUGGAGGGUCAGGGUCGAAUUUGUGACCUCCCGAGUACGACCAAAGGCAGCUAGUGGAUUGGGCAUUGAAGAGAAUGCGACAGAUGGCGCGGAAGAAGAGCCUGCAUUGGCAGAGGCAAGAGAAAAUGAUCUGCUGGAAGAAGUUGGCAGGGAUGAGAGAGGUGUUGUGAGAAUCGCANAAGAAAGACUAGUCGCCGAGACAUUCGAAGUCGCUGUGCCCAUACGGGUGUAUGGUGUCACUGGUACAGAAGUCGACAGGCACGAAGCUGAGACUGACGGUCUGGAAGUCUGA